GCGGGGGAGCUGCCAGCCCGCCAAGCCCCAGACCUGGGAGGGGAGGCCCCUCCUGUUAGCCCAGAGGGAAAGAAGGAACUGGGGCGAUCCGGCAGGGAAGGCCAUAGCCACAAUGCUUAACUGCAUGCUUCCAACAUGGGGCUGGUUUUAACCCAGCGCUCUGACCUAAACUGCUCAGCUCCCGGAAAUUCCAAGGAGGAACCUGGUGGCCAUAGUCCUUCAGGUGGAUCAACGUGCGACAUGGGAAAGAAAACCAAGAGGACAGCUGACAGCUCUUCUUCAGAGGAUGAGGAGGAGUACGUCGUGGAAAAGGUGUUAGACAGGCGCAUGGUUAAGGGGCAAGUGGAAUAUCUGUUGAAGUGGAAAGGCUUUUCUGAAGAGCACAAUACUUGGGAACCUGAGAAGAACUUGGAUUGUCCUGAACUAAUUUCUGAGUUUAUGAAAAAGUAUAAGAAGAUGAAGGAGGGUGAAAACAAUAAGCCCAGGGAGAAGUCAGAAGGAAAUAAGAGGAAAUCCAGUUUCUCCAGCAGUGCUGAUGAUAUAAAAUCUAAAAAAAAGAGAGAGCAGAGCAAUGAUAUCGCUCGGGGCUUUGAGAGAGGACUGGAACCAGAAAAGAUCAUUGGGGCAACAGAUUCCUGUGGUGACUUAAUGUUCUUAAUGAAAUGGAAAGACACGGAUGAAGCGGACCUGGUUCUUGCAAAAGAAGCUAAUGUGAAGUGUCCACAAAUUGUGAUAGCAUUUUAUGAAGAGAGACUGACAUGGCAUGCAUAUCCAGAAGAUGCGGAAAACAAAGAGAAAGAGAGCUCGAAGAGCUAAAGGAGGGUGGUCUCUGUCAUUUCUCUUUGUAUAUAAUACGCUCAUCUUCCUGCCUCCUCUCCCCUCUCCCAUCCUUUUCCAUCCGAAACACAUCCAUAAAAAUACGUGCUUAUCACUGUGCUUCAUGGGGGGUGUUGUUGGUAUUGGUUCUCUUAUAAUAUACUGAUGGUCAGAUUCAUAAGUGUAACUCUGUGAAAAUCAGGCAUUUAUGUGCUGUGUGUAAUUCACACAGUUUUUCCUCCCCCCCCUGUUACAUUUUAAUCACUUAGUGUCAUGAUCUUUUCGGGCCAGUUGCUUUUUAAGCUGGGGGAUUUUAUUACAAUGAUGAUGACUUCAGUUUUUGUUUUUGGGUUUUUUUGUUUUGUUUUGUUUAUUUUGGUUU